AUGGAUGACGAUGAACUUACUCAAGAGAUAUUAGAUCAAUUCGAUCUUAUUUGUACACAACACCAGUAUGAUCAUGUGUCAACAUACAGUAAUAACAAUGUCAAUAAAAAUAAUUCGCAUUCAAAUAAAUUAACCAGUUGCUUAUCUCGAUCAACUUCAUUAGAUACAAAAUUGAAUGGAUGCAUAAAAGCAUCUGAUUUUUCAUCAUCGAAUGAUAAAACUCCAACGGUUGAACGAAAUGAACUUGACCGAUUGAAAAAAGAAGUAUCUGUUCUACGUGAAGAAUUAUACAUGAAAUUAGGUGAACUUGCUACAAUUAAAGAAUUAGCUAGUCGAACAAAAGCAACUGAUUCUGAUAUGAUCAGUAAGCUAGAAUCACAUCUUACCACUGAACGAAAUGAUUUUCAACGUAAAUUAAGUGAAUUAAAUGCUCAAAUGGCAUUUCGUGAAGCGGAUUAUCGAUUGGUAUGCAGUGAAUUAGCUCGUAUAAAAGAAGAAGUUAGUGUUAGUAAACAAUUAGCAAAUGAACGCUCUGUUGAAUAUUCUCCUGCAUCACAAAUUCUCAUCUCUUUAACUUCUCCAAAUCCUAGUUCUAUUUCUAAUCAAAAAUUAAAAACACCUGCAGUUUGUGCACCAAGCACAGAUUUUCACCUUCCUGCACCAGUUACUCCAAUUCCUAGUAAACGGCAUAAAAUUCCAUAUGAUGGUCGAAUAUGGGAUGUGAAUGUGACAAAUAAUUUCGAUGAUAAAUCAGAUACUACUACUACUACUACUACUAAUACUACUACACAACAAACUUUUGAUAAAAAUGUACACUUGUUAGAUACUGAUGAAAUCACAUUGUCGAAUCAUUAUCCAUCAAGGAAACGACAACGAUGUGUUGUAUCACCUGAUACAAGAUCAUUAUAUACUACUACUUCUCCAGAACAUUGUAUACACCAGAUUCCUGUAUCUUUAACUGAUGCAUCGGUUGAAACUACAGAUUUGUUAAAUAGUCCUUCUUCAAAUUAUCCUUUAUCUUAUCGAAUUAGAUCAUGUGCUUUUUCAACUAUUGAGUCUUUCAAUGAAUUCACAAAAGGAAAUUCGGAAUUAUUAUCAGAAUUAUUAGAUUUAUCUAUUUCAAUUCCUCAAAAUGAAAAAAACAGGAACAGCAUUAAUACUAAUCCCCAGACACUAUUGACCAAAUCUUUUACAAGUUCAGAAGAUUUCACUUGGUUAAUAUCAGAUUAUUAUCUUACAGGGUUAAGUAAAUUACUUCCACGUCAAUCAGAUAUUGUUAAUGAGAUCCAACCAUUUGAUAGUUAUAUAUCACGAUUAAAUUUAGUGGUUAAACGAUUUACUGAAUCUGUACCUUAUUUAAUACGAAGAAUAGAAGAGCAAUUACAAGCAUGUAUUCGUAUACUUUUGGAUCCUUUUCAUCAAUCUGGUAAACAAUUAAACCAAUCAUGUCAUUAUUAUUCAGACUCACAAACGGGUGACGCUGAAAUGGCAGACAAAGAAAAUGAACAACCAUCCAACAUGGAUGAUACUGUUGAUGAUAUUAAUUCACAUGAAAUAUCUUAUUUAGGUGAAAAUCCUUUUGCUGGUGCACCUGCAUCACAAAUUGUCACCUCAUUGACAUAUCCGUCGCAAAUGAAAUCCAUUUCAAAACCAAGAAUGAAUGAACAUGCUCACUCAAUGGAACGUAAUAAAUCAUGUCCUACACAUAUGAAUUAUUGGUUUUCAAUGAAUUCUACUAGUGGUAAUAAUCAUAAACUACCUGAUACUGAUCACAUUGAUAAAAUCAAUCACUCUUGUUCCGUUGAUCAUCAUGAAAUAAUGAUUUAUCGAAGUAUACAAGGCAUAAAUCAAUUAAAAUAUUUAGCUAGCAUAAUUCAUUCCUAUUGUCCUAUUACAUUUGAAGCAUUUCAUGAAAUCAGUACUACUAAUAACUUUAUUAUACAUAAUGAUGAUAGUCGUGUAUGGAAUAUUACUAAAGAAUUUCAAAUACUUAUUCGAAGUAUUGCUAGUGUAUUAUCACGUUUUAUUAAUAAACUUGCAGAUGUGUUUUUUCAAAUGAUGAAAGAGGAACAAAAUUCAAAUUCAUCAUCAUCAUCGUCAACAACAACAAAAUCAACUGUGGUACAAAAUGAAUUUAUUGGUGAUAAUACUACAAAUAUCACAUGUUCAAUUGAUCAUUCAUCUUUCAAACAAUCUCAGUCUAUUUCUUCAAAACAAAAAAGUUACAUUUCAUUGUUAUCAAUUGUUCUACCAUUGAUUACUGAUUGUUUAGAUUUAGCCUCAGUGUUUGCAGUUUUCAUUAAAACUGAUCAAAAUCUAUUGAAAACUAAGACUGCUGAUUCCGUUGUGAAUACAACAGAUGUUGCUGAAUUGAACACAUGUUUUCCUCAAUUGUUGAAUUGUAUUAUCCUAACAUCAGAAGCUUGUUUCAAUCAAGCUGAUGAAUCAAUUAAUUUUACAAUGACUACAAAUGAUCAAUCUAAAUCUUCUAAUUCUUAUAAUGGCAUAGAGAAUUUAAUUAAGAAUCGUACUGUUGUAACUCUGAAACCAUUGAUUAGUUUUCUUCGUCUCUGGCGACAAAUGAUAUCUCAAAAACAUUGGCCUGGUGGACAUUGUAGUGAUCGAUGA